AAACCGAACCCGAAUUGACACCCCUAUUGAUGUCACAUCCUUCGCAGUUAAAGUCUUCUUCUCGAAAGGGAAACAAACACUCAUUCACCAUCUAAUAUGAGAGAUGUAAUCAAUGUUGGUGCAAUUCUCAAAGAAGUAAACGAUAAUUGCAACCUGGGUGGAGGGGGGGAAAAAGUCGGUUUGGUGUGGGAAUAGAGUGGCUUCCAAGACAAGAUAAAAUCAUAUCAGUAUCAACUUUGAUGGGCAGGGGGAAAAAAAAAGAGGAAAGCAAGUGAUCAGCUUGAGUUGGAAUUUAACCUUACCAUAUACCGUCUUCUUUCGCUUUCCUUCUUCCACACACUCUCCAGGCAGAAACACACAAUGCCACUCCAAAACAACUCCCCAAAUAGCUAGCAGAGAGGGGGAACUAUUAGUGUGAGCAAUGGGACGGCUGCUUGUUUUGCUUACCUUCUUCUUGUUCGUCGCAGCAUUUCAUGUCAGCCUGUCUGCUGCAACUGAUCCUCGUGAUGCUGCAGCACUCAGGUCGCUAAAAGAGAUAUGGAGGAACCUUCCUCCAAGCUGGACGCAGUCGGAUGAUCCCUGUGGGUUCCCUUGGGAAGGAGUCACCUGCAAAAACUCCAGAGUCUCUGCAUUGGGAUUGUCCAGCAUGGGUCUUAAAGGGAAGUUGAGUGGUGACAUUGGAGGGCUAACUGAACUAAGAUCCUUGGACUUGUCGUACAACCGAGACCUCGUAGGGCAAUUAACCCCACGGUUAGGCGAUCUGCAGAAGUUAAACAUCUUAAUCUUGGUGGGAUGUGGCUUCAGUGGCGGAAUUCCAGAUGAGCUGGGGAAACUUUCAGAACUAUCCUUCUUGGCACUCAACUCGAAUAACUUGACAGGAAGAAUACCCCCGUCAUUGGGGAACCUCUCCAAGCUUUACUGGUUGGAUUUGGCUGACAAUCAAUUGACAGGAAAUAUCCCAGUUUCCACACCGGACACUCCAGGCUUGGACCUCCUCCUCAAGGCUAAGCACUUUCAUUUCAACAAGAACCAGCUCUCAGGUCCCAUUCCUCCCAAGCUUUUCAGUCCUGUGAUGGUCCUCAUACAUGUACUGUUCGAUGGGAAUCAACUCAAUGGAAGUAUCCCAGACACGCUAGGACUAGUUGUGACCAUUGAAGUUCUCCGAUUGGAUAGAAAUGCUUUGGUUGGAAGGAUACCCUCGAAUCUAAACAAACUUCUGAACAUCAAUGAACUGAACUUGGCGCACAACAGAUUAACCGGCCCCUUGCCAAACUUAACAGGAAUGAAUAACCUCAAUUACGUAGACCUCAGCAGCAACUUUUUCGAACCCUCAGAAGCUCCUACUUGGUUCUCCACCUUGCCAUCUCUUACCACUUUGGUUAUGGAACAUGGAUCACUUCAAGGACCUCUGCCACCAAAGAUCUUCAGUUUCCCACAAAUACAGCAAGUGUUAUUGAAUGACAAUGCCUUCAACGGCACAUUAAGCAUGGGCGACAGCAUUAGUCCACAACUUCAGCUUGUUGACCUGCAGAACAACCAGAUUUCCUCUGUAACACUAACUGCUGGGUACACCAACACAUUAAUACUAGUGGGAAACCCGGUCUGCACGGCUCUAUCCAACACUAACUACUGCCAACUCCAGAGGGAACAGUCCUCCAAAUCUUACUCCACAAGCCUCGCCAACUGUGGGACCAAACUCUGCACAGCUGACCAGAAGCUCAGCCCGCAGAGCUGCGACUGUGCGUACCCAUACGAAGGCACAUUAUACUUCAGAGGGCCUUCCUUCAGAGAUCUGACGGACGUGAGUACUUUUCAUGCACUGGAGAUGAGCCUCUGGGUGAAGCUAGGGCUUACCCCUGGCUCUGUCUCGCUCCAGAACCCGAUUUUCAACUCUGAUGAUUAUCUCCAGAUCCAGCUAGCCCUUUUCCCCCCUGCUUCUGCUGGAAAGUACUUCAACAGAUCGGAAAUCCAGAGAAUUGGAUUUGACUUGAGCAAUCAAACCUACAAGCCUCCCCAUGAAUUCGGACCUUACUAUUUCAUUGCAUCCCCAUACCCUUUCCCAGGGGACCAUGGAAGAGCUUCCAUCGGCAGAGGCCUUGUAGCUGGGAUAGCAAGUGGCUGCUCCGUUCUGGUUCUGUGCCUUGUUGCUGUAGCCAUUUAUGCCAUUCGUCAGAAAAAACGUGCAGAGAAGGCUAUUGUGUUUAGUAAACCAUUUGCUUCUUGGGCAGCAGCCAGUCGGAAGGAUAGCAGUGGUGGAGCAGGGGCACCGCAGUUGAAGGGAGCAAGAUGGUUCUCCUAUGAUGAACUCAAGAAGUGCACUAAUAACUUCUCAGGAAGCAAUGAGUUGGGUUCUGGAGGCUACGGCAAGGUGUAUAGAGGAAUGCUUUCUGAUGGGCAGAUAGUUGCUGUUAAACGAGCUCGACAAGGGUCAUUACAAGGCGGGCAGGAGUUCAAGACUGAAAUUGAGCUGCUCUCAAGAGUACACCAUAAGAAUCUCUUAGCCCUAAUUGGCUUCUGUUUCGAACAAGGCGAACAGAUGCUGGUUUACGAAUUUAUGCCCAAUGGUUCUCUCAAGGAAAGUUUGACAGGGAAAUCAGGCAUUCAUCUUGACUGGAGAAGGAGACUCCGAAUCGCCCUUGGCUCGGCUAGAGGGCUCGCUUACCUUCACGAGCUUGCAAACCCUCCAAUCAUCCAUAGAGACAUCAAGUCCACCAAUAUCCUUUUGGACCAAAACUUGAGUGCCAAGGUUGCUGAUUUUGGCUUGUCCAAGCUCGUCUGUGAUAGCACCAAGGGCCACGUUUCAACUCAGGUUAAAGGUACCUUGGGAUACCUGGAUCCGGAAUACUACAUGACGCAGCAACUGACGGAGAAGAGCGACGUGUACAGCUUCGGAGUGGUGGUGCUAGAACUGGUGACGGCGAGGCAGCCAAUUGAGAAAGGAAAGUACAUCGUCCGCCAAGUGCGGGCGAAGAUGACGCUGGAAGCGGAGGAGGGGGAGGAGGAGGAUUACUGCGGCCUCAAGGACAUGAUCGAUCCGUCGAUCAUUGCGGAGGUGGGAACGGCGGGCACGAGCCUCCGGCGGGUUCUGGAACUGGCGAUGCAGUGCGUGGAAGAGUCGGCAGGGGACCGGCCGACGAUGAGCCAAGCGGUAAAGACGAUCGAGGAGAUCUUGCAGGAGGAAGGAGUGAACGGCAAUUCGACCUCCGCUUCCUCGUCGGCGACGGACUUCGGAAUUCAUUGCCUGAGAGGGGGAGGAGGAGGAGGAGGCGCGAAUCUCCGGCAGCAUCCGUACUGUGGAGGCAGCGGGGAGGUGUGUACUAGUUAUACGAAGAGCAAUAGCAGCGGCGGCGGGAAGGGGAAUUGUAAGGAAAAGUGUGACGCGUUUGAUUACAGCGGUGGCUACGCAGUUUCAACCACGGUGGAACCUAAGUAGCCGGCGUCCGGCGAGGCUCGAUUAUCGCGGUUGCUUUCUCUACCUUUUUGUUUUUGGUUUUGGCGGAAAAAUUGACCAAAUGGUUGGUCGUGGUGCUAUACGCCGUCGAUCUGCGUGUCCUUGAGAAGUAUUUCAAUGGUCAAUUACAAGAUCCAUACUCCGACUACCACUAAAUUAUGAAAAUUGGAGGAUCAUAUAAGGUAAAAAUAUGAUAUAGAGUUUAUAUAAAAAAAGAAGAAGGAUAUCGAGUAUCAAUGAAUAUGCAUACAUUAAGAAAUCCAUCCAUAUACAGUUAGUAGGGAUGGCAACUUUGCCCAUACUUAUAGGUGUCAAUCGGGCGGGUUCGGGCUGGGUUCAAUCGGGUUGCGGGUUAGUUGGGUUGCGGGUUCAUCGGGUUCGGGUUCAUCGGGUUCGGGUUCAAACGGGUUGCGGGUUAGUCGGGUUGCGGGUUCAUCGGGUUCGGGUUCAAUCGGGUUGCGGGCAAAUCGGGUUGCGGGUUCAUCGGGUUUUGGGUCGGGCGGGUUGCGGGCGGGUCGGGUUUCGGGUUGUUCGGGCCAGCGCAUCAAGUAACUUAACUCAUUACUCAUUACCAACUUACACAUUUUAUUACACUAAUUUAAAAUAUUUUCUCAACUUUUAACCAAUUUAUUUCUACCUCGUACACUACAAGAAAAAGGUACUUUAAUUACCGGAAAUCCCGUAUUUAAAAGCAUGUUUCCUAUGACUAAUAAUUCUAGUCACGGAAAAAUUACCAUAAUAUAAACCUACGUGACUAAUUGUGUACCGUGACUAGUUAUAUGUACCGUGACUAAUCGCUUCCCAUGACUAGCUGUCAAUCACUAAUCAUGGUAUUUACUACUUGUGAUUGGAUCCCCCAUAACUAGAUACUAACCACUAGUCACAGUAUUUGACUAAAGCUAAUAACAACCACCAGUCCACCAAUCACGGUAUGCAAUAUCUAUAAAAGAUUAGCUAUUAAAUUUUGUCAUUACUAAUUACAACCAAUAACAAAAUCUCUUGCCAUCAAGUAAGAACCAAAAAAAAUAAUAUUAUCAUCAAUCAUAAGUUGCAGAUAUUACAUAAAUAAUUCUAUAAUAUUACAGUAUAUAUCAUAGUAAUAAAUAGUUCUCCUCCAUAAACUAACUAAUAAUUACUUUUAUUGUAUUGUAUUACAAACAACAUUAAGAUUGUCUAUCUAGAGUUAACUUUUGGAAUUUUAUCUUUCUAGCAACAAAAAAAAAAGGUCAUGGACUUCAUCUGAAGCAUCCUGCUGGCUGCUGUUGUAUUUGUAUCUGCCAAGAACAACAAUAAAAAUUUCAGCCCUCAAUGACAAGUCAAUUAAACCCAACAUGGAUAAAGAAGCUGGAAACUUAAACAGAGAAUUAAAAACACUUACUCAAAUUGUUCAUAAAGCAGGGACUACGAACACACUUCAUAGCCCCUAAAGUGUUGCUCCUAUUGUAGUUGUUCCUAUGAAUAGAAUGAACAAGCCAGUUACCAACCAAAGUGCAGGCCUAGAAAAUGAAAAACUGAAUCAAAAUCCCUAUACAUAGAAAAGCAAUUGCUUUGACAAAUUCGUUGUUGCUGCUAUUGCUUAAUAUAAUCCAGUAAACAGG